AUGAAAACCCGUUUUGCAGUCGAUUUUCUUCGAACGUUCGUGGGCAGCCAGUUGUUCAUUUGCGAUGACGUCUCAUUUUCUAUGGUACCGGUUAGCGGCUGGGACGCAUUGGAUCGAACGUUUCGAGAGCACUAUGAUCAAAGUCCCACCAUUGUGCUGCUCAACUGCGGUGGCAAUCGCUCCUUGCAAGAUAUGCAGAUACCCGAAGGCAGUAAAGUGUUCGUAAUCGAUUCAAGGCGACCAUUCCAUCAUGAGAACAUCUUUGAGGGAGAACAGAUUAUGGUACUUGUGGAUAGCACGGAGGUUCCAAAGCUUAAUAUACCAGAAAUGUCGUCUGUAAUGGAAGAUGAUGAAUCUGAGGAGUCGGAAGAUGAGGACGGUGAUGAAGAAGGUGAAGGAACAACACGGAUGCAGAAAGUCGAACGAAGGCUUUUAAAGAAGGAAGCGAAAAAGCAAUGGCUAAAGCGGCGGAAGAACAUACUGUGGAAGUACUACGAGAACGCUUGGUAUUCCAUAUCAAGUGCAGUUCGAAUGCUCGAAUUAUCAGCAGCACUGAACAAGGCUACACCAGAGUUUUUAUGGAUCGCUGCUGUUGGACUGAAUAGUUCAGUGGGCGGACAAAGUGGUACGCUUCGAUAUAUAACUAUAGAAGCGUACCAUGAUGUAUGCAUUGAUCGAAUGCGUCCGUUCAUCCACAGAUUUUCCCCUCGUAAUUCAGGAGCAAAGGCUGAUGAUUUGCUACGAGUUUCGUUCGAGAAAGAAUUAACAUUGAACGAAACUCGACAGAAGUUUGAGGCGAUGAACUCGGUUCGACGAAAGGAGGUUAUACAAACAUUGGGAAAGAAUGCGGUGCAUUUUGGCCUCGAUGAUAUAAUGGACUCGCGGCAUUUCAUAUUCCUCUUCACAACAUUCCUACAGCGUGCGUUCUGUUCUGUUCGACGGAGUCGUGAUAGAACCACUAAACCCUUUGUAGUGAGUUUGGCAUUAUCAGGAGAUAUGCAAGGAUGGCAUAUUGUAACCGGAGUGAUGCCUCUGGAUACUGUGUACACAGACGCACAGUUGAUGAGGUGA